AUUUGAACAACGGUACCGAGCGGUAUUCUCGUCUUCUUCUGAAAUAUUAAAAUUUUUAACAAAAUAAAAAUACAAAAAACUAGCAAACAAAUAUAGAAAAAAAAAAGAACAACAACAUUCAGAAAUUGUUAAACUUUUUUUGUAUUCGAUAUUAAACAACAACAACAUAGAAACACAACAAACCAUUUGUUGUAAUUCCAAAAUACAAAUAAAAUUUGUUGAUUUGUUUUCGUUAAAAAUCGUACUUGUGUGUUGUUUGUUGUAUCUGUGUUAAAGCAAAAACAAAAUAUGUGUGUGUAGCAACGGGAGUGUGUUGUUGGAAUUUUAAUUGAGAUUAUUAGAACAAAUAAAUGUAAUCUUUCCAAAACACACAAAUAAAAAGUAACAAAUAAAAGUGCCAUUCCACAGAAGAAGAAAGAAGUGAUUUAAAUAAAAGAAGAAAUAAACUCAAACCGCUAAAAUAGAAUGAAUGAAACCAACUAAAUUCCAUAAAUAAAAAGAUUGUCUCCACCUUAAACAACUGCCAUAUUAAACAAAUAUUUUACAAAAAAAUAAAUAUCUACAACAAAUAACUAAACUGUUCUUAUGAUUCAAACUCUAUUGUAUUGUGUAAAAAAAGUGUUAAAUUAAAAAGAAAUAUUGCCACAAAAUUAAAAGAAAAAAAAUAACGAAUUAAAAGCGUGUACGUUUUAAACGUGCAACAAAAUGACAUCACAAUCCUAUUAUAAGGAUGUGCUGGGAUUUGAUCCCAACGAAGGGCAAUAUGAAUCUUCAACUACAACAACAACGCGUAGAAGUGGCACCCGACACCAUCAUCAGCAGCAGCAGCAACAUGUUCACAACAGCAGUAGCAGCAGCGUCGGUGGCCACCAUCAUACCCAACAUUCCCAUCAUACGCAUCAUCGCAGUCAGCAGCAUCAUCAGACCUCAACGGCCGCUGCUGCUUCACCAGCUAGAAUCUCGAUAUCACCCGGUGGAGCUUCGCUCGAUCACUAUGCCGACACUAGUCCGGCCAAAAAGGCCAAACAUGUGUCAGCCAUUCAACAACCCCAGGGUGGUUAUGAAGAUGCAUUGACACAAUUUAAAGAUGAACGCGAUGCCAUUCAAAAGAAAACAUUCACAAAAUGGGUCAACAAACAUCUUAAAAAGGCCAAUAGACGUGUUGAAGACUUAUUUGAAGAUUUACGAGAUGGACACAAUUUGCUCUCACUCUUGGAAGUGCUUUCUGGCGAACACUUGCCAAGAGAAAAGGGAAAAAUGCGUUUCCAUAUGAUACAAAAUGCACAAAUGGCUUUAGAUUUUCUACGCUAUAAAAAAAUCAAAUUAGUGAAUAUAAGAGCAGAAGAUAUUGUGGAUGGUAAUCCAAAAUUAACACUCGGUUUGAUCUGGACAAUUAUUUUACACUUCCAGAUCUCCGAUAUUGUUGUUGGCAAAGAGGACAAUGUAUCUGCACGAGAGGCACUUUUGCGUUGGGCCCGUCGCUCUACUGCUCGGUAUCCGGGAGUUCGUGUCAAUGAUUUUACCUCAUCAUGGCGCGAUGGUUUGGCAUUCUCAGCACUUGUGCAUCGUAAUCGACCGGACUUGCUUGACUGGCGAAAGGCAAGAAACGAUCGACCAAGAGAACGCUUGGAGAAUGCCUUCCACAUUGUUGAAAAGGAAUACGGUGUUACACGUCUGUUAGACCCAGAAGAUGUUGACACAAACGAACCCGAUGAGAAAUCAUUAAUCACUUACAUAUCGUCGUUGUAUGAUGUGUUCCCCGAACCACCUGCCAUUCAUCCACUCUUUGACAUGGAGUCACAACGCCGUGUUCACGAAUAUCGUGACUUGGCUCAACAGUUCAUCUAUUGGUGUCGCGAAAAGACCGCCUAUUUGCAGGAACGUUCCUUCCCGCCCACAUUGAUUGAACUGAAACGUUUGCUUAGCGAUCUGCAGCACUUCCGCAACGAGGAAGUGUCCGUUCGCAAACGAGAAAAAUCCAAAUUGGUACAAAUCUACAAGGAACUUGAGCGGUACUUUGAAAGUAUCGGUGAAAUUGAUGUAGAAACGGAAUUGCGUCCCGAGGCCAUUGAAAAGGCCUGGUAUAGAAUGCAGACCGCCCUGCAAGAUCGUGAAAUGAUAUUGCAGCAAGAAAUCGAUCGUCUGGAACGUUUGCAACGUCUUGCCGAUAAAGUUGAACGCGAAAUUAAGCAUGUCGAUGUCAAGCUGACCGACCUGGAAAGUCGCAUUAAUGAAGAGGCCAGACGUAUCGAACGUUUGCAUCCAGUGGACGCCAAGAAUAUUGUCGAAUCGUUAGAAACGGAAAUUCGUCAUUUGGAGGAGCCCAUACAGGACAUGAAUCAAGAUUGUCAUGUCCUCAAUGAAGGUCGUUAUCCCCAUGUAGCCGAACUGCAUAAAAAAGUAAAUAAGCUGCAUCAACGAUGGGCUCAACUUCGAACUACAUUCCACACAAAUCUUGUGCAAAAAUUGACCGGCCUCAAAUAUCCCGUCCAGGAAACAACAUUGACUCGCAAACAUCACGUAGUAAUUGAAUCGCGACAAAUCGAAACAAAUCCUCAUUUCAGAGAUCUACAAAAACACAUCGAAUGGUGCCAAAACAAACUGAAACAAAUUCUUGCCGCCGACUAUGGUUCCGAUUUGCCAUCCGUCAAAGAAGAACUCGAUCGUCAACAACGUGAACACAAAAUCAUCGAUCAAUUCCACAGUAAUAUACUCAACGACGAACGUCAACAAACGCAAUUCUCUGGCGAUGAAUUGAAUCUGUAUCAGCAACGUUUAAAUCAAUUGCAAAAAAUCUAUGCCGAACUCUUGAGUACCUCAACUAAACGUCUGUCCGACUUGGAUUCAUUGCAACAUUUCUUGGCCCAAGCAUCGGCCGAAUUGCAGUGGUUAAACGAAAAGGAACAGAUCGAAAUAACUCGCGAUUGGGCAGAUAAAAAUCUCGAUUUGCCCUCUGUGCACAGAUAUUAUGAGAAUCUGAUGUCUGAAUUAGAAAAACGCGAAUUACAUUUUGGCACCAUAUUGGAUCGUGGUGAAACUUUGUUGAAUCAACAACAUCCUGCAUCAAAAUGUAUUGAUGGGCAUUUGACUAUCUUGCAGCAACAAUGGGCAUGGCUUUUGCAAUUGACCCUUUGCCUGGAGGUCCAUUUAAAGCACGCCACAGAAUAUCACCAAUUCUUUGCAGAAAUAAAAGAUGCCGAACAAUGGCUGAGCAAACGUGAUGAGAUUUUGAAUAGUGAAUAUUCCAAGUCUGAUUUUGGUUUGGAUCAAGGAGAAGCUCUGCUGAGAGGCAUGCAAGAUUUGCGUGAAGAAUUGAAUGCGUUUGGGGAAACUGUUGCUAACUUACAGCAUAGAGCUCAAACAAUAGUACCUUUAAAUAAGCGCCGCCAGCCUGUCAAUCGUCAGAGUCCCGUCCAAGCCAUAUGCGCAUACAAUCAGCAAGGUCAGUUGCAAGUGGAUAAAGGAGAGACGUGCACAUUGUUGGAUAACUCGGGCCGUGUUAAAUGGCGUAUACGCACAGCCAAGGGUCAAGAAGGUUUGGUGCCAAGUGCUUGCCUGUUAAUGCCACCACCGGACAAGGAGGCCAUUGAUGCUGCUGAAAGACUUAAACGAUUGUUUGAUCGCUCCGUCAGUCUAUGGCAAAAGAAACACUUGCGUCUUAGACAAAAUAUGAUCUUUGCCACCAUCCGAGUUGUCAAGGGUUGGGACUUUGAUCAAUUUUUGGCCAUGGGUCCUGAACAAAGAACUGCUAUACGUCGAGCCUUAAAUGAUGAUGCCGAUAAGUUGCUUAGCGAAGGUGAUCCAAAUGAUCCACAACUAAGACGCUUAAAACGUGAAAUGGAUGAAGUGAACCGAUUGUUUGACGAAUUUGAAAAACGUGCCAGAGCAGAAGAGGAAAGUAAACAAGCCAGUCGCAUCUUUACUGAAGAGUGUAUUGCCAUCAAGGGCAAAUUGGAGGAUAUGGCAAGAGAAUUGGAGCAAAUCAUUAGUGCUCCUCUGCCCCGUGAUCUGGAUUCAUUGGAACAUGUUUUAGAAAUCCAUUCCGAUUAUGAACGCCGCCUACAGUUGUUGGAUCCAGAAUUGCAGCAUUUGCAAGAAACCUUCCGCACGAUUGCCUUGAAAACGCCAGCUCUUAAAAAGAGUUUGGAUAAUUUAUUGAUAUUGUGGAAGGAGCUGAAUACCUUGAGUAAUUUACACAAAGAUCGUUUGAAAUUAUUAGAAACAUCUCUGGCUGGUCUAGAGGACAAUGAACAUUUCAUAUCGGAAAUUGAAAAUCAACUUGCCAGACACCAGGAUCUACCUUCUACACCCGAGGGCUUAGAAAUGGUAUUUAAACAACUGACACAUAUGCAAGAUCUGAUAACACAGCAGCAGCCGCAAAUGGAUAAGAUGACAGAUGCUGCCGACCAAUUGGGACGUAUGGGUGUGCCCACAAAAGUUUUAAAUGAUUUGAAACGUCUGCAUACCAAUGUUGAACGAUUGAACACACGAUGGAGUACCGUUUGUAAUCAAUUAGCUGAAAGAAUGCGCUCAUGCGAGAAUGCCAUAGGCCUUAUGAAGAAUAUUCAAUUACCGCUACAGGUUGAAGAAUCAUGGGUGGAGGACGUUGUAGAUAAGGUGGCAGCCAUGCCGACAGCAACAUCGGCAUAUGAAUUGGACAAAUUGCUGGGAGCUGCUAUCGAACGAAAACCUAAAAUCGAAAAUGUCAACUUGGCUGGAGGAAAACUUAUAAGAGAAGCAAAGAUUUACGAUGGUAAAUGUCUGCGCUUCAUCGACUGGUUACUGGAGGUGCGUCCAUCAUUCGCGCCACCACGACGAGAUUUGCGUCCGCCAGAAAGUGAUCCCGGUGCCACACAGUAUUACAGCCAACGCUUGGAUUUAUUAAAUACGAAAUACGACCGACUUUUGGAACAAUUAUCACAGCGCCUCAAAACUGCCAUUGAAGUUAAUGGCAGUGAUGGUUUGCAAUAUGCUGAAAGUUUGCAAAAACCACUCAAAACUUUCCGCGUAGAUUUUGGCGCAAACAACGUACCUACUGGCGAAGGUUACGUUGCACGCGAUGAAGAUCAUUUUACCACAACAUUCAGCACAACACAGUUUAGCACAACAAAAACCACAAAAAGUGUUUAUGAUGCUAGCGACUAUGUACACACCACAACCGCAACAAAUGGAACGAGUGUUCCGACGAAGCAGUCUCAAAUACAAUUCAACGAAAUUCAUAGUCUGAAACGUGUUCAGACAAGAAACGAAAAUGUUGCCACCGAAUUCGGUAGCAAUGCAAAACAUUUGCUAGAUAUUACUGGCAUAAGGGAUCCUCGAACUGGUCGGGUAUUAACUAUUGGGGAUGCCAUACAAAUGCGUAUACUCGAUGUACGGACAGGAGAAAUGAUCGUUGGUGAAGAUAAGCGGAUUUCGUUGGAAGAGGCUGUUAAACAAGGGCUAAUUGAUGCAAAAUUAGCGCAACAACUUUUACAGCCGGGAGCUGGUAGGGAUGCCAGUGGCCGUGAGAUUUCCCUAUUGGAAGUUAUACAGCGGGAGAUUAGUGAGGCCGAAUCGGGUUAUGAGACGGCUGAGAAACGUAUUAAGGUAACAAUUGAAGAAUCCACAGAAGCUGAAAAUCCUAAAAAUAUUGCCGAUGCCAUUUCUGCUGGAAAUGUUGAUACCAAGACUGGUCUGUAUCGUGUCAAAUCGGGCAAAACGAUAACACUGGCUGAAGCAUAUGAGCGUGGGUAUCUUAUUAGGCAUGAAUCGGUGACGAUCAAAUCGAAUGCCCUGUGUCUAAGUGAUGCAAUCGGUCAUGGUUUAGUGGAUACUGCUGGAUGGAUAGCCGAUCGUAAUUCGGGUGACAAAUUCAGACUUGACUCAGCCAUUGCCAACCAACUCAUUGAUCCGAAUAUACGUGAAGUAGUAGAUGCUAAGAACGACAACAAGAUCACACUAAACGAAGCUCUCAAAUCGGGUAUUUUAAAUCCAAAAACCGGACGCUAUUGGAAUGAAGUUACUAAAGAAAAACUGACAUUUGUCGAGGCUAAAAAUCGUCAACUUAUUGUUAAACCUUAUACGCUUAAGGACAUCUGCGACUUGAAUUUAAUGGACAAACAGUCAAAAAUUACUAGUCCCAUGAGACGCGAAAAGUUGAGUAUACUGCAGGCCAUAGAAUCGGGAGUAGUAGAUGGCAACAAUUUAAAGUGUGUGACAAAACGUAAGGGCGAACUGAUCACACUUCAAGAGGCUAUUGCCGAUGGCAUUGUUUUACCGGCCGAAUCAAAGUAUAGGGAUUUUAUGACAGGCGAGAUAGUAUCAAUACCCGAGGCUGUAGAGCGCGGUUUAAUAAGCAGUGUAUCCCAAAAAUCGAUAUUUGACAUUGACGGAUUUAAAGAUAUGGUCAGCAAUGACUUUGUUAGUUUCAAUGUUGCUUCAUCACGCGGAAUUUUACGCCGCAAAAGUACAGGUUUUGCUUUAGAAACUAGUCGUGAUUCACAAGUGCCUUUAGAAAUAGCUAUGAAUGAAGGUCUUAUACGGCCAGAAGUUUAUGAAAUGUUUAAUAAGGGUAUCGGGGUUCAUAAUGCCAGUGGCAAUGAGUUGAAUGUGUUUGAUUUAUGUUAUCAUAAUUUAAUUGACCCCAAGACUGGUUAUCUGUUAGAUCCUAAGACUGGUGAAACUGUGCCUCUUGAUUUAGCUAUAGAACAAAAGUUUAUAACGCCUGAGGGCGCAUUACUCUUAAGUAGUCUCUUGAAUAUUACGCUCACAACUGAAACUGUGACAAGAACAAUUAACCGUUAUGUGACAAUAAGAUCAGGUUCUCAGGAGCCUUUGGAAACUCAUGUAGUUUUGACUUUUACCGAAGCUGUACGUCAAGGUUUCAUAGAUGAAGAGAGACAGCUUUUCAAAGAUCCCAAAACUGGUAAAAUUUAUUCAGUUCAACAAGCACUCAAUUAUGGUAUUUUACAACCAGAUGCCAAUGAUGCAGUUCCUGAGCCAACAAAUCGCAAAAAAACAAAGUCUACCAUAACAAUCGUUACUAAGCAAAUAGUGCCUGAAUCAGAACCCAUCAAAAUGAAUACACAGAAAUUUAUAGAAAAAUCAGUAGAGAUUCCCAUUGCACAGGAGGUUUUAAAAUCUGGAAGAAUUAACACAGACUUUAUACAGAGCGAAAAGACAUGUUAUGUAGAAAAUAAUGUGCAAGAAAGACAAAUCAUAGAAUUACCUCCGGGUGGUUGGCCUCUAAAAGACGCCAUUGAACAGCGUAUUUUCAAUCCAGACACAGGUGUUUUCCAUAUUAGAAGUACCGAAAGAGUUGUUAGUUUUGAAGAAUGUAUUACGAAAUACAUUAUCAAUAGUUUGUCUGUGUCAGUCAUAGAUCCUAGGACAAAUGAAAAACUAUCAAUCCGUAAUGCUUUGGAAAGAAAUGUUUUAGAUUCAUUCGGCAACUAUACUAAUAAUAGCAAUGAGGUGCAAACAAUGCGUUCAGCCAUUAAUGAGAACAAAAUUAUACUUGAACCUGUACCAGUCACGAAAACUUCUGCUAGAGAACAAUGCAUUUUGCGUAUUAGUAAGAUAAAUAACUUACCUGAAAUUGUCGAAAUAUCCACACCGCACUCUUCGGAAUCAUCUCCAAACUUUAUUGAAGUUCAAACUUUACAGCGAGAAUUAACUUCACCCGAACCAUUACAAAUUGCACCCGGUGCUAUAUACGACCCCUCUACGGCUUUAGUGAUAUUUACACAUAAUGGGCAAACCGAGAAUAUUUUUGAUGCUGCUGGUCAUGGUUUAAUAGACCAAAAUUUAAUAAAAAUUUUAGAUCCCAAUACUAAAUCGUUAAUUUCAAUUACUGAAGCGAUUGCUCGUAAAAUUUACGAUCCUAAAAAAUCAACCAUCAUGACAGAGGAAGGUUAUCCCGUUGAUCUCCUGACAGCCAUACAAAAGGGUCUUGUUAUUGUUGCGGGUGCCCCCCUCGUAGCUGCUGAAGGUGCAUUACGUACGAUUCGCUUCGUAACAGAUCCACGUACAGGAGAACAAAUUCCCGUUGAAGUAGCGUAUGAACGUGGUAUUGUCUCAAGAGAUCAAUUGUGCAAGACAAAGUCUUUCGAGAGCGACACAUGCGAAGAAAAAGUUGUGGUGUUGCAAAAAAUGCGAAAGAUAAUUUUGAAACCUACCGAUGCUUUUAAAAAGGGAAUAAUUGAUGAUAAAACCAGAGAUAUUUUAGAUGACAAAGAGAACUUUUUGGAUGAAAAUAAACAAGUGAUUACGAUUUCUGAAGCGCUAGAAAAGGGUUUAAUCGAUGGAAAUAGUGGAAAAAUUUUUGAUCCACACCGUAAUCGUAUCUUAAACAUAGCAGAAGCUGUAAAGGAAAAUAUUAUUGAUUCAGAAGAAACCAAUCAUAUUUUAAUACCUUUAGCAAAAUCUCUGUCAAUUCCCAAGCUAAUGGAACAGGGUCUAAUUGACAUGAAAACCCAAACAAUUGUUCAUCCAGAAAGUGGUUAUGGAUUAAACAUAAGGGAAGCGAUAAUAUGUGAAGUAUUGGAUCCUUACUCGAAGCUGAAACGACCAACUGUGUGUUCAAUUGAAGAAGCAAUUGAGAUGAAUGUCAUAGAUCAAGAUGAAUGUACCUUUAAUGUUGAUGGAAAGAUUUUGAAUUUUGCACAAGCUCUAUCUGCCGAUAUAUUUGAUAGUAAGUACGAUCAACAAAAGUCUGUUGUGACCAUACCUCCCGUAGGUAUGACUUUCCCUGUUGUCGUUGAAAAGGGUCUUCUGAAUCCAGAUAAAGUUAUUCUUGUGCAUCCAGAAAAUAAAAGAGAUAUACCUCUAAAGCGGGCUAUCGAUGAUUGUUUUAUUAUGUCCAUUCCUUAUCCACCAAAAGUAGAUGCAGUUGAAGUCCACGAUGCAGUUGAAAGGGGUCUCAUAAACGUUGUUGAUCAAACAUUUAAACAUCCCAAAACUCAAGAAAGUUUUCCUAUUCGCCAAGCUUUAGAAGAUGGUCAUUUGGUUGUAAAGCAGAUAUCGGACUUUGUUAUAACACAAAAACCACUUCCAAAAACGGAAGUAAUGGAAACUGUAACGGCAGUUCACACUGUAACUACAAAAACCAUUGAGCUAAUUCAGGGCUAUAUUUUAAUAUCAAAUAAUGAAGUACAGAAUGUCAAUACUGGCGAAGUUUGUUCCAUUGAAGAAGCCAAAGCUAUUGGCAUUUUAAGAGAGGAAGAAAGUUCGAAGGAAACUCGUUCUGUAACCGAAAAUAAAGACAAUGCAACCAAAUACCCAGAAGACAGUAAACAUCAAGUUUUGGAAGAAGAACCAAAAAAUAUGACAUCUGACAGUAAAAAGGAAACUUCCCCCUAUACAUCCAGAACAGAAAUUCAAACUCCUGUUGAAUUGAACAGUGUUCAAGCAGAUGUUCCAAAGCAGAGUGUAACAUCAUCAACCCUAAAUACGGUUAAAGAAGCAGCAAAAAUGGGUGCAUUGGGCAUAGUUGCAGCUCCCGUUUUAGCUGGAGGUGCUAUUGUCAGUGGAAUUAAGCAGUUGGUAAAGACUACCACCACAAAAAGCACAGAGGAAACACAUAAGGAGGAUAUUUUAUUAGCCAACACAGAUGAAUAUACUGUGGCUUCUAAUAAAGCAGCGCUUCCAAAAGAUGACCCCAAAACAUCAAGCAUUGAACCUAAACUCUCAAUAAGUAAUGUAACAAUUACUACUGAUCAGCUUCCAACAUCUACGAAAAUUACUACUUCUACUAUUACCACAAUCACAACACAAAUAGAAAAUAGUUUCGGCAAUAGAGUAGAGGAAAUUUCGAAAACUGAAGAACCUACUGAACCCAAACAAAUUAAUUUGGUGGACAGUCUUAUUAAAGACACAGAGAAUUUCAUAAACACUACAACCGCCAACUUCAUAAAUCAGGAGCAAAUGGCACAACAACAGCAAACACAACAACCAAAUCAACAAAAACUUGUUGACAACAUACCACAAAAGGAACUUUCAUCUCUGGUCAUAAUUACUGAAACUUCUGUAAAAAAUACUGAUCCAAUAAAUGAAAUUACCGAUUUAGCGAAUGCUCCAUCGAUUUCCGAUAAGGGACUAACUCAUGAAAAACAUUUGACAGACAGUCCAACAAAUACAAUCACGUCGGUCACGAUAACGACAGAAGAAAACUGUCAAUUUGAAUCUUUACCAGAGAAGCCAUCGGAAACUGUUAAAACCUCAGAGGAAAAACAACUUGAACAGGAAAACAUUUAUAAACCAGAAAUAUAUCUCAAAAAUCAGCAUGAUGAAAAUGAACCAAAAGUAGCUCAUGAAUCAGUUGAUUUAGAUUCAAAGAAACCUGAAGAAUUAAAACCGUCGGAAUUUGAUCAAAUACCAGUUACAGACUCAAAUAUGAAAAAACAAAUCGACGCUGAAGUUAUACCAGAAGAUAAAAUCAAAACAGUACAUAAAACUAUUGAUGAUGACAUAAAGGACCAAAAACACACUAAAGUGGAGCUUUCAUCGGAAAAAGAUCAAGAUGAAAUUGUUCGACAAGACGCAAGUACUCCAAAUCAAACUACACUGGAAGUAACUUCGGAAACGGUUCAAAAAGAAACUAUGACAAAAGAAAUUAUUGCAAAACAAACACCAGAAACUAUUCUAGAAAAAAAACCAGACGAAAAUAUUCAAAAAACAAUUACAGUUGAUACAACAGAAGGCCAAAAGAAUGAUGCUGAUGAAACAAUUCACAAACAUUCUAAAAUAGAAACAACCUCGAAAACUGUUCCAGAAACUAUUUUAAAUAAACAAGAGAUUAAAAAAAGUGCUGAAGAAGACCUCAUGUCACCUCAUGAACAAUCUCAAAAGAAUAUGGAAGAUACUUUACAGAAGAAACAUAGUGAUGUGACAGAUUUCAUAAAUCAUGAAAUGACAAGUACGAAUAAACCAUACCAGGCUCCAUUGGCGCCAUUUAAUGAAAAGUAUGAGAUAGAAACAUUAGAAACAAGUCAACCUGAUUCCGAAGUCGGAGUUUUUAAUGAUGGCAAUGAAAUCAUCACAGAAGGAAAGGAAAACGAACCACAACAACAACAAAAUUCUGAAUCUGAAUUAAUAGAUCAAUCCAAAUUGGACCAAAAAAUCGAAAAAGAACAAGAGCAGCAGCCUGAAGGAAUAGAAGGCAAUAAAACUGACAAAUUAGAAACAUCCAUUAAUGAUCCGUCUUUGUCGUCCACAAUUCUAACAGACCAAAACAUUAAAGAACCUCUGACAGGAACUACUCAUAAUACAAAGGCAAUUUCUUCUGAAAAGCCAAUACCUGCACAGAGAAGAAAAUCAUCAAUAAAUUCGCAAGAGUCUAUUGCUCCGACCGAAGUUGUAGGGGAAAUUAAACCUGAAACAACAUUUGAUGAACAAAAACAUCAAAAUAUAGUCGAUUUCAUCCAAGGAGAAAAAGAUGAUCCAAAACAUGGUAAUACUAUUUUGCAAAAUGUAAAAGAUGCAGCGAAAUUAGGUGCUAUGGCAAUUGUUGGUGCUCCCGUAUUAGCUGGUAAAGCUAUUGUAGAUGCUCUCAAAAAAGAUGAGAAAACAUCAGUGCCCGAAUUCGUUGUGACAACCACAGAGAAAACAUCAGAGCCCGAAUUCGUUGUGACAACCACAGAGAAAACAUCAGAGCCCGAAUUCAUUGUGACAGCCACAGAGAAAACAUCGGAACCCGAAAGCAUCGUGUCAACCACGAAUUUGACUACUACAACAACCAUUACAACUAUAUCGUCAACUAUUAACGAGCCCCAUAACUCUACAGUUACAAAAUCAGAAUCUACUGAUGCCGCUCCAUUAAGAACUGUUGUACCUCCUCAAACAUUAGCUUUAGGUGAUGCCAUUUCUCAAAAACUUAUAUCGCCCGAUGAAUGUAAGGUGGUAGUUGAUGGUCAGCAACAAGAUCAAAGUGUUACGGAGUUAUUAAAGGAUGAACAACUUAGUCCAUUAGAUGAAGUUCAGAUUUUAGAUGAUAAAUUAGUAGUUUUACAAUCUUUAACGUAUCUAGUCGACAUAGACGAUGAACUGAGUCCAGAGCAUUUAAGUGAAUUGAACAUUUAUGACCCUGAGAAUCAGUACUUUAUAGACCCAUCGACAGGCAUGAAAACAUCUUUCCAUACAUUAGUUUUCGAAAUGAACAUAUUUAAUCCAGAAACAAUACUUGUUAAAAACUUUAGUACAGGCAAAUAUGAAACUUUGACGGAAGCUCUCGAACGUCCUUUGCUUGAUAGGCAUACCGGGCAUAUGGUCGACCCAAAAACGGGUAAGAAGAUACCGUUCUUUGAAUGUGUAGCACGCAAUUGGAUCAUCCGUGCCAACCCGGAGAAAGAAAAACCUGCAGCUAUUGAAAAUGUAAUCGACCCAGCCACAGGAAAAGUAAUACUGGACAAUGGUCGAGUUUGUUCAAUUGUUGAUGCCAUCAACAAUGGAUUACUUGAUAUCCAGUCCAUAUCGGUACGAGAUCCAGUAAGUGGUGAAGUAAUUCCACUGCGUAUGGCAAUUGAGUUGGGAGUUGUGGAUAUGCAGGCCGGUACUGUUAUAGAUAUUCAGACACUUAAAGAAAUACCAAUGGAGGAUGCAUUUAAAUUAGGCUUUUUGGUACCUGGUGCACGGAAACCUAUCUCCCUGGAGGCAGCGGUCCGUAAAGGUCUUUAUGACCCCGAAACUGGUAAACUUUAUGAUUCAGAAUCCGAUAUUCAAGUAGACGUCCAAAAGUCGAUAGAGAUAGGUCUUGUCGAUCCAAAAAUUUCUCUUAUUGUGGAUUCGAUUUCCCAAAAAGAAAUUAAACUCGAUUGUGCUAUUGAGGAUGAGUUAGUAUUGUCAGAAUCCGGUAAAAUUAAAGAUACUAAAGCGAACACACUGGUACCAUUCGAUGUAGGCGUCGAAAAGAAGUUAGUUAAAACAGAUAGUAUUAAAUGGAGUUUACCUGAAGUGUUACAAAGAGAAUAUUAUUCACCGAAAUCUGGUAAAAUUUUAAAUCCUUCAACCGGCGAAGAAAUACUACUGCAACAAGCAAUUGAACAGGGUUUCGUAGAGUUAGAUUCUUGUUUAGUUAAGGACGAUGAAAAUAAUAUAAUUGUUCCCGGAAAACAAGCUGCUAAAGAAGGUCUACUUGAUACAGUUAGAGGUUGCUUGAGCAGUCCCAAUAUCAAAUUAGAUGAAGCCUUUGUUAAGGGAUAUUUGAUUAGUACAAAGAAACCAUUAUCAUUAGUCGAUUGCCUUUUAAGAGGACUUUACGAUCCUGACUCCUCUAAGUUCAAUAUUGACGAUAAGCGAGUUGAUCUUAAGUCUGCGAUUUCACUUAAAUUAAUUAAUGCCGACGAAUUAGUUCUUUUAGAUCCCAAAACGGAAUCAAUAAUAUCACUUACGGAAGCAAUUGCUAAGGGGUAUAUUGAUCCUAUAGGUGGAUUUGUUAUUAAUCCCUUUGCGGGAACAAAAUUGUCACUAAAUGAAGCUCUCGAAAAUCGAAUUCUUAUUCCUCCAAAACGCAAACGAAGCUUACCCGAUGCAGUAUACCGUGGCCUGUAUGAUCCUAAAACUGGGGAAUUCAGUAACACUAUUACGCGUGAAAAACUCUCAACUGAACGUGCUAUUCGUAGAGGAAUUUUGGAUCCAGAUUCGACCAUUGUGAAUGUAGCAGGCGAAGUAUUGCCAUUUGAAAAAGCUGCUCAGGUUGGCAUUGUUGAUAGUCAUCGCGGUACUGUUCGAGACAGUGAAGACAAGCCCAUCGAUUUUAAAGAAGCUUUCGAUAGAGGUGUGCUCCUCGAAGCAAAGAAACCUUUGCGUCUAAUCGAGGCGGUCAUUAAAAACGUUUACGAUGAAGUCGAUGGUAGUUUUAUGGAUCCUAAAACCGGCUUGAAACUUUCCUUUGCUGAGGCCGUUGAAUCCAAUCUGCUCGAUGGCGACAGUGUUCAAAUUCGUGAUUUUAACACCGGUUUAUAUAAACAACUAAAUUUGGCUCAUGCCACCGAAUCUGGUGUUAUUGACGGCAGUAAUGCUAAAUUGGUUUACAACAGCCAAAAGAUUACGAUAAAACAUGCUUUUGACGUUGGUAUUCUUAUCGAUACCCAAGCUCCCCUAAGCUUACAGAGAGCCUUACACCAAGGCCUCUUCGAUGAAAAAACUGGUAAACUUACCGAUCCCAAGAGUGGACGCAAAAUAACUUUACUCGAGAGCAUACGAAGCUUUGUUAUAAAUCCUCAGUUGCCUUGCUACUUUGACGAAUUACAAGAACAAAUGUACAGUUUGACCGAUACUUGUCGCAUGGGCAUUAUCAAUAGAAGAGAAGGCGUUUUCCGCGAACCCGGUAGUAACACAUUUGUAUCAUUGAACGAAGCUAUGAGUUUAGGUCUUAUUGUAGAUAUUGAAAAUGCCAGUUUUGGCUUGUAUGAACUACUUGCAAUGGGUUUCUAUGACAGGACGACGCGUAAAGUAAUCCAUCCAGUUACAGGAAGAAAACUUAACUUGAAUGAGGCUUGUGUUGAAGAUGUAGUCAGUCUAUCGUCUAGCUUAGUGAAGAAUAAUAAGAGUGGAAAAUAUGUGAGACUAGCUCAAGCCCUUAAAGAUAAAUUAAUAGAUGACACAAAUGGCUGUUACAAUUUAGGAAAUUCCGAACAAAUAGAUCUUCAGGAAGCACGAUCAAGAGGUUUUAUUGUUUCAAAUCGUAGACUGUUAUGUUUAGAACUGACAAUGCGCAUGCAAUUAUUUAGGCCAGAAACAGGAAAAUUCUGUGAUCCCACUACGGGUGAAUUUUGUGACCUGGCAGAGGCUAUUCAAAAUGGUUUCAUAGAUCCUGCUACGACUAUUUUUAAGAAUCACGUAACAGGUAAAGAAUUGCCCCUCAAUGUGGCAAUUGAAAAUGGUGAUGUUGACGUAACUAAGGGACGCGUAUUUGACCCGAAAACAAAAUCUACUUAUAAUUACGAUGUCGCCUUAUCGCGUGGUAUUUUGGUUACAAUUACAAAACCUUUGACAGAACGCACUGAAGUGGUAAAACGUGAAGAAAGCGUAGAAUUAUUAAGUCAGACACCCGUUAGUGUUGUCGUUAGUAAGCCUCGAGAAAUGUCAUUAGAAGAAGCGAUCAAAUAUAAUAUAAUUGAUCCAAAAACCGCUUUGGUUCGCGAUUUCGAAACAUUUAAAUUUUUGCCAUUUGAAGUUGCCCAGCAAAAUAGUGCUCUCGAUUUGAGCAAGCGGACUUUAGUUGAUCCUAAAGCAUUGUACUUUGCAUUUGAUCAAAAUCUAAUUGUUUACGUAAGAGAGCCCAUAACGUUUGAUUACGCUGCGGAGUCCAAAAUGUUGGAUCUGCAAACAGGAAUGCUGAAAUAUCCAGAUCAAGAACUUCAGCAUCAAAAUGUUCAUGAAACUGAUAAUAGUAGUGAAUCUGUAGAUACUGAAUUGAAAAUGUAUUCUCUGAAAGAUGCAACCACCAUGGGUAUAAUAGAUCCAGACUCUGCUCUUAUUAAGGACUUGGCAAAGUCAAAGUUGGUACGUUUACCUGAAGCAUUCCGCAAAGGAUUAAUAGAUGCCAACAAGGCGAAUGUUUUGAAUACAAAAACAUCUAAAUUGUGUACUCUAAAUGAAGCCUAUGAGAACGGAUUGAUUGUAACGCCAAAGCGUUCCUUUGGUCUACUCGAAGCCAUUUCCUUUAACCUUUACAAUCCCACCAAUGGCUGCUUUGUCGAUCCCUUCCAAAUGAAUCCCGAUAUCAUAAAACGUAAAAAGUUCCCACUCGCCGAAGCAAUAACCAGUGGUUUGAUUGAUCCUUCCUCAACAGUGGUUAGAAAUCCAUCAACCGGCGAAAUCAUACCGCUUACAGCUGCUAUACAAACCGGUUUGAUAGACCCCACUGAAGGACGCUUUAACGACCCAACAGAUAGUAAAAACAAUAUGGAUCUUGUUAAAGCCGCAGAGAAAGGUCUUUUAUUGCCAGCAGAACAAAGGCAAGCUGUAUUUGAGAAAUUCAACAUGUGCGAAGAAAAUGUGAAUGAAUUACUAAAGUGGGUCAAUAGUGUCGAGCAUAAAAUUGCAACUGUGGGAGGACCUAGAGAAAAUAUUGAUGAACUUCGCAACCAAAUUAAUGCUCUGAAGCAAAUCAAGGAUGAAAUCGAAACUCAACAACGGCCUGUGGCAACAUGCUUAGAGCAAAUCCGUCAAAUUGUUUUGACCGGCGGCGAUGUAUUAUCGGCACCGGAAGUUACAACUUUGGAAAAUGCUGGACGAGAGCUACGUUCACGUGUUGACCGUGUCAAUGAUCGCACAGUUCGCUUGUUGCGUCGACUAGAAGCUGGACGUGACGAACUUAAUAAGUUGCGAAGUGAAUUAGACAUAUUCUCUGACUGGCUACAGUCAGCUCGCCGCACAUUAGAGGAUAAAGAGCGUGCCUUGUCUGAUCUUACACGUCUUUCAUCUCAAGCUGAAACUGUGCGUGAAUUUGUUAGUGAUGUUAUUGGACACCAAGCAGAUUUGCGUUUCAUCACAAUGGCUGCUCAGAAGUUUGUCGAUGAAAGCAAGGAAUUCUUAGCAAUUCUAAAUGAUUUUAGAACAUCGCUACCUGAACGAUUGCCCCACGUGGAGCCCUUAUCGAGUGCCGAAAGCCCAAUACGCCAAGAAGUUUCUUUAGUUUCAGCCCAAUAUAAGGAUCUAAUGAAUCGUGUCAAUGCUCUUCAAGAUCGUAUUUCUGGACUUGGUGGACGACAACGUGAAUACCAGGAUGCUCUAGAUAAAGCAAGUGAAUGGUUGAGAAGUACACAACCACGCGUUUCUCGCUUAAUUGCAGAGCCUAUAGCUGGAGAUCCAAAAUCUGUGCAAGAACAAAUGAAUGAAGCCAAGAGCUUACACAAUGAACUAUUGUCAAAUGGCCGUUUGGUCGAUAAUGCUCAACAAGCAUUGGACAGCUUACUACACACCUUAGGCGGCCAACUUAGUCCUAUGGAAAUUAACCAACUAGAAAUUCCGAUUGCUGACCUCAAGGACAAGUAUCAAGGUCUUCUUGAUACUUUGGGCGAACACUGCAAGAUGCUGGAUAAAACAUUGGUACAAUCACAAGGCGUUCAAGAAGCUCUUGAUAAUUUAGGCAGUUGGGUUAACCAAGCGGAGGAUAAAUAUAAACUCCAGUUAAGACCUGCCUCGCUCAUUAAAGAACGUUUACAGGAGCAGAUUCGGGAGCACAAGUCUCUUCUUGCAGAUAUGCAGUCUCAUCAAGUCAGUAUAGACAGCGUCCAAUCAUCUGCUAAACAUUUGAUGAAUACAGCUUCCAAUGCCCGCAUUGCUAAAAAAGUGGAAACAAACCUCAACGAUGUCACUUCCAAAUUUGAAAAACUUUUCGAUAAGGUUGUUAAACGCGGUGACUUCCUCGACGAGGUCUAUAACCGUUUAUGCCAAUAUUUAGAAGAAAUUACAAAUAUUGAGCAAGAAAUUGGCACUUUACAAGACGCAUUAGAUGGUCGUGACACGAGUUUGGUUUCUGCCGAAGAAUCUGCACGUCGUAUGCAGGAACUCUUGAAUCGCAAAGAAGAUCUUACACCAUCUUUCGAGGAUUGCGUACGCAAUGGCAAGGAUAUAAUUAGCAUUCGUGAUGUAACGGACACCAGUACUUUACGCGAUCGGAUUAAGGCGCUUGAAUCACAAUGGCGUAACAUAAACAUUACUAUCGAAGAGAAGGCAAAAUUAUCGAAACAAAAAGCCGAACAUCAAGUAGCAUACGAAGGACUUAAGGAUCAAGUACUCUCAUGGUUGGCAAGUAUGGAAACUCGUAUUAGUGGUCUGAGCCCUGUAGCUGUUGAUCUGGAUAAAAUUCGUCAACAGCAUGAAGAGUUAAAGCCAAUUAAUAAAGAUUACCGUGAAUAUGCUUCUACUAUUGACAAAAUUAAUGACAUUGGUGCGCAAUACGAUGCACUAAUUCGCCCUGAGAGCCCAGGCCGCAAACGGUCAACCUUUAGUCCAAUUAAACGAGUCAGUCCUUUGCGCCGCAUGUCCGGAGAUGCUCGUAGUCCUAGCCCUACAAAGGGAGGUAUUCUGUCGCCACUAUCAACUGGUUCCAGUGGAUUUGGUAGCCGCAGAUCCUCUCAAGACGGCUUCCAACUCUCCGAACUCUCUCCGGUACAACAGCAAUUGAGCGAAAUAAAUAAUCGUUAUGGACUUGUAGGAGUACGUAUAAAUGAUCGUCAAAAUGAAUUGGACAACAUGAGCGAAGAAGUAAGAAAACAAUAUGAGAAUCUUAAAAAUCUUGCCAGCUUUUUGGAGCGUAUUCAACGUCAAUUACCAAAAGAAUCUGUUUCAAAUAAGGACGAAGCCGAACGUUGUAUUAAACAAGCUCGUAAAAUUCUUGAAGAUAUGUACGAAAAGCAAAGUCUUUUGGACACAACAAAGACCCAGAUUAAGGACAUUCUACGCCGCAAGUCUGACGUCCCUGGUGCUGAACAGUUGCGCAUUGAGAACGAUAACAUCGUAGAGAAGUGGAAGCAAUUGAGUGACAUUUGCAAAAACCGUAUAAACUUCUCAGAAAAAUUACGUGAUUUCUUAGACACACACAAUAAUUUAAAGAACUGGUUAGACAGCAAGGAACGUAUGCUAACAGUACUUGGUCCUAUUUCGUCGGAUCCCCGUAUGGUUCAAAGUCAAGUUCAACAAGUACAAGUAUUGCGCGAAGAAUUCCGCACACAACAACCGCAAUUGAAGCACUUCCAAGAAAUUGGUCACGAUGUUCUCGAUCAUUUGGAAAUUGAUUCCCCAGAUGCUGCAGCAGUUGAUAAAAAAUUAAAAGAUGUUAACUCUAAAUGGGAAGAUCUGGUCGGCCGCUUGGAUGAACGAGCAAAUAGUUUGGGAGGCGCAGCUGACAGCAGUAAAGAGUUUGAUGCGGCAGUUAAUAGGCUCCGAGAGGCAUUACAGCAAAUAAGUGAUAACUUAGAUAGCUUACCAACAGAUGGCGAUAAUCAAGAGAAUUUAAGAAAGAUAGAAAACUUGGAACGUCAAUUAGAAGGCCAACGUCCAUUGUUAGCCGAUGCUGAACAAUCGGCAGCUGCUCUCUGCAAUAUAUUGGGUGAUCCUGCAUCCCGAGCAGACGUCAACUCGCGUGUUGCCGCUCUCGAGAAGCAAUAUCAAGCUCUGCAAAAGAAACUUGAUACAAAGAAAGCUGAAACAGAAGCCACACUCAGAGAUGGUCGUCACUUUGCUGAAAAUUGCUCUAAAACUCUUGGUUGGCUUUCUGCUGAACUUUCAAAUUUGGCAGAACGACUUUUGGUGUCGGCUCAUAAGCCUACAUUGCAGCAUCAAAUUGACACUCAUGAACCGAUUUAUCGUGAGGUAAUGGCUCGUGAACAUGAAAUCAUAAUGCUCAUCAAUAAAGGCAAAGAUCUUUCGGAUCGCCAACAAGAUCGAACUGUUAAACGUGAUUUGGAACGUAUUCAACAACAGUGGGAUAAACUUCGCCGUGAAGCUGUUGAUCGCCACAGUCGAUUGCAAACUUGUAUGGAACAUUGUAAGAAGUAUGAAACAACAUCCGAAUUAUUCUUGACUUGGUUACGUACUGCUGAAGAUAAGCUUGUCGAAUUGAAUCCGGGUGUUCUUUCGAAAUCAAAACUUGAUACCCGUCUCCGCGAUCUACAGACUUUCCGCAGUGAGGUAUGGAAACAUUCCGGUGAAUUUGAGAACACAAAGGGUUUGGGAGAAACUUUCUUGACCAGCUGUGACGUCGACAAAGACCCAAUUAAGGCAGAACUACAAGAUAUUCGUGAACGAUGGGAACGUCUUAAUAACGAUCUCAUUGCCCGUGCCCAUGAAAUAGAAAACUGCUCACGUCGUCUAGGCGACUUCAAUGAUGAACUCCGUAAUUUAGAUCAUGCAGUAGGCAGAUGCGAAGAUCGCCUUGCAGCUCACGAUGCUUUGGGUGGCGCUGCAAGAGACCCAAAAUUGUUGGAUCGCGUAAAAGCUAUACGAGAAGAACUCACAAACCUGCAGAAACCAUUACAAACUCUUAAAGGUAUGGCUAAGGACAUUUGCUCCGAAGCCCGUGCUGCUGGUGGGGAUGCUGAACAUCUCACUGAUGAUGUUGAUGGAAUUUCCGACCGAAUUGGAGAACUUCAAAGCCGUCUAGAUGAUCGCUUGGGCGAACUCCAAUCAGCAGCAACUGCUGUUUCUCAAUUCAAUGAACAAAUAAAAACAUUAGGACUCGAUUUGAAUGAAAUAGAAAAUGAAGUUGAGAAACUAACACCGCCCGCACGUGAAAUUAAGCGAGUACAAGGUCAAAUUGACGAUACUUCUAAGUUGCAAAAUAAAUUAGAACGUAUUGUAGAUCGCAUUGAAGAUGGUGAGCGUGCUGCUGAUGCUUUAGUAGAUGCUGGAUUUUCACCUGAUACUGCCCAAACCCGUGAACAAAUUUCCACACUUCGUAAAACACUUGCCCGUCUGGAUAAUCGUGUUCGUGAUCACACACAGAAUUUGGAAGACACUUUGCGUUCUUUGCACGAAUUUUAUGACAUGGAAUCUCAAACUAUGGACGAUAUUAAAGAUAUAAGUGACGAAUUCUGUCGCAUGAAACCGGUAGGUUCCGAACUGGACCAGAUACGUCGUCAGCAAGAGGAUUUCCGCAGUUUCCGCGAAAAUAAAUUUGAACCAUUGGCUCAAAACGUUGAUAAAGUUAAUGUUAAUGGACGUGAUUUGGUACGUUCUGCUGCAAGUGGAGUCUCAACUGCUCAAAUCGAGAAAGACCUAGAGAAGUUGAACGACCGCUGGAAUGAUCUUAAAGAACGUAUGAAUGAACGUGAUAGACGUCUAGAUGUUGCUCUCCUACAAUCUGGUAAAUUCAAAGAAGCCUUAGCAGGUCUUUCAAAAUGGCUAUCAGAUACUGAAGAAAUGGUAGCUAAUCAAAAACCUCCAAGUUCGGAUUAUAAGGUUGUCAAAGCACAGUUGCAAGAACAAAAAUUCCUUAAGAAAAUGCUUUUAGAUCGCCAACAUUCUAUGUCAUCGUUAUCGUCUUUAGGUAAAGAAGUAGCCAAUCAUUGUGAACCAUCUGAACGUGCUGCUAUUGAAAAACAACUUCAUGAUCUCAUGCAUCGUUUCGAUGCAUUAACUGAUGGUGCAGAACAACGGGAACAAGACCUCGAAGAGGCAAUGGAAGUUGCCAAACGGUUCCAUGAUAAGAUUAGCCCUCUAGAAUUAUGGUUAGACAGCACAGAACGUUCUGUCAAAGGAAUGGAGUUAAUACCAACUGACGAAGAAAAAAUUCAACAACGGAUUCGCGAGCAUGGUCGACUUCAUGAUGAAAUUCUGAGCAAGAAACCUGACUUUACAGAUUUAGCAGAUGUAGCAGGUCAGUUGAUGCAUUUAGUGAGUGAUGAUGAAGCUGUGAAUUUGGGUGAGAAGGUGCGUACUAUAACCGAUCGCUACACCGGACUGGUAGAUGCCAGUGACAAUAUCGGGGCUUUAUUGGACGAAUCUUGCAAGGGCCUAAGACACUUAGUGUUAACAUAUCAAGAUUUAGUAGCAUGGAUGGAACGAAUGGAAAAUGAAUUAAAACGCUUCCGUUCCGUACCAGUUUAUGCCGAAAAAUUAAUGGAACAGAUGGAACUCUUGGUAGAACUGAACCAAAAUAUUGCUAACAAUGCCCCGAAUGUUGAAUCAACUGUUGAAUCUGGUGCUGAACUCAUGAAACAUAUAUCCAAUGAUGAAGCCAUACAACUCAAAGAUAAAUUGGAUUCAUUGCAACGUCGCUAUGGCGAACUUACGAACCGUGGUGGAGAUUUAUUAAAGAGUGCUCAAAAUGCAUUGCCUUUGGUUCAACAAUUUCAUGAAGCUCACAAUCGUUUGCUUGAUUGGAUGCAAUCAGCAGAGAGUGCACUCGCUACCAGUGAACCACGUCAAUCUGAUGUUUUGCGUUUGGAGGCGGAACUUGUCGAAAUGCGGCCCACUUUAGAUGCUGUCAAUUUAGUUGGACCUAAGCUUUGUCAACUUUCCCCUGGCGAAGGUGCAUCCACAAUUGAAAAUAUCGUUACUCGAGAUAACCGUAGGUUCGACGCAAUUGUAGAACAAAUUCAACGCAAAGCUGAACGUUUACAUCUUAGUAACCAACGAGCUAAGGAGGUCACCAAUGAUAUUGAUGAAUUGUUAGAAUGGUUCCGUGAAAUGGAUGCACAUUUGCGUGAUGUAGAUUUGCCAGCUAUUGAACCUAAUUUGGUUCGUGCCCAAUUGAAAGAUCACCGUUCUGUUAAUGAUGACAUUUCCAGUCAAAAAGGGCGUGUUCGUGAUGUUACAGCUGCAUCUAAGAAAGUUUUGCGAGAAUCUCCUCAAAGCGAAAACACUGCCACAUUGCGUGAAAAACUUGAUGAUCUUAAAGAGAUUGUCGACACAGUUGUUCAACUAUGUGGUGAACGUUUGGGUGUACUGGAACAAGCGCUACCACUCUCUGAGCAUUUCGCAGACUCUCAUGCCGGUCUUACUACCUGGUUAGAUGAUAUGGAACAGCAAAUAUCACGUCUUAGCAUGCCAGCAUUGAGACCCGAUCAAAUUACUCAGCAACAAGACAAGAACGAAAGGCUUCUCCAAUCAAUUGCUGAACACAAACCACUAUUGGACAAAUUAAACAAAACUGGUGAAGCAUUAGGUGCCCUCGUCGCGGACGAUGACAGUGCCAAGAUUAAUGAAAUUUUGGAUUCAGAUAAUGCUCGUUAUGCAGCUUUACGUCUUGAAUUGCGUGAACGCCAACAAGCGCUUGACAACGCUUUACAGGAGUCCAGUCAAUUUUCCGACAAACUCGAAGGAAUGCUGCGUGCAUUGGCCAAUACAGUGGAUCAAGUCAACCAACUAGAUCCACUAUCCGCUCUACCACAAAAAAUUCUUGAACAAAUAGAGGAUAAUGCUGCCAUUAAAGAUGAUUUGGAUAAAAGAACGGACGCCUUUAGUGCGGUGCAACGCGCAGCCAGUGAUGUCAUUGCUAAGGCUGGCAAUAAGUCAGAUCCAGCUGUCCGAGAUAUAAAGAGCAAAUUGGAGAAACUGAACAACUUAUGGAAUGAUGUUCAAAAGGCCACCAAAAAACGCGGUAGUUCCCUGGACGACAUCCUUAAUGUUGCUGAACCAUUCUGGAACCAAUUGCAAAGUGUUAUGAAAACAUUAAAGGAUCUCGAAGAGACCCUUUCAUCACAAGAACCGCCAGCUGCCCAACCUCAAGAAAUUCAAAAACAACAAGUAGCUCUACAAGAAAUUCGCCAUGAAAUCGAUCAAACCAAACCGGAAGUUGAACAAGUACGCCGCCAUGGCAGUAAUCUAAUGAAUUUGUGUGGCGAACCCGAUAAACCAGAAGUUAAGAAACAUAUUGAGGACUUGGAUAAUGCAUGGGAUAACAUUACCGCACUCUAUGCCAAACGUGAAGAAAAUCUCAUUGACGCCAUGGAAAAGGCUAUGGAAUUCCAUGAAACUCUACAAAAUCUUUUGAAAUUCUUAGCAAAGGCAGAAGAUAAAUUCGGACAUUUGGGACCAGUCGGUUCAGAUAUUGACGCUGUUAAAAAACAAAUCGAACAACUGAAGUCGUUCAAGGAUGAAGUUGACCCACACAUGGUUGAGGUAGAGGCAUUAAAUAGACAAGCUGUUGAAUUAACGGAACGAACUUCACCUGAACAAGCUGCUUCAAUUCGUGAGCCUUUGACAGUGGUAAAUCGCCGUUGGGAGACAUUAUUACGUGGAAUGGUUGAACGUCAAAAACAACUGGAACAUGCGCUGUUGCAUCUAGGACAAUUCCAACAUGCACUCAAUGAACUUUUGGUUUGGAUUAACAAAACAGAUGGUACUUUAGAUCAGUUAAAACCGAUACCCGGCGAUCCACAAUUACUCGAAGUGGAAUUAGCUAAAUUAAAGGUGUUGGCUAAUGACAUUCAAGCCCAUCAAAAUUCAGUUGACACACUUAACGAUGCUGGACGUCAAUUGAUUGAAUCUGAAAAGGGAUCCAUUGAGGCUUCUACUACUCAGGAAAAACUUCGUAAAUUAAACCAAGAAUGGAAGUUGCUUUUGCAAAAGGCUUCUGAUCGUCAGCAUGAGUUAGAAGAAUCAUUGCGAGAGGCACACGGCUACAUUGCUGAGGUUCAAGAUAUUCUUGGUUGGUUAGGUGAUGUUGAUGCUGUUAUCGGAGCUAGUAAACCAGUUGGUGGUUUGCCAGAAACCGCUACCGAACAACUGGAACGCUUUAUGGAAGUGUACAAUGAACUUGAAGAAAAUCGUCCCAAAGUUGAAACCAUUCAAGCACAAGGCCAAGAAUAUAUUAAACGUCAGAAUCAAAUGAAGGUAUCGUCUAGUAAUCUUCAGCAUACAUUACGCACACUCAAACAGCGAUGGGAUGCCGUGGUAUCAAGAGCCUCCGACAAGAAGAUUAAAUUGGAAAUAGCACUGAAAGAAGCUACAGAAUUCCACGAUACAUUGCAAGCGUUCGUAGAGUGGUUGAAUCAAGCGGAAAAACAAUUGGCUAAUGCCCAGCCGGUAUCCAGAGUUUUAGAAACAAUUCAGGCACAAAUGGAAGAACACAAAGUUUUACAAAAAGAUGUCAGCACUCACCGCGAGGCAAUGCUUUUGUUGGACAAAAAAGGAACCCAUCUUAAGUACUUUAGCCAAAAGCAAGAUGUAAUUUUAAUCAAGAAUCUAUUAGUAUCCGUUCAACAUCGUUGGGAGCGUAUUGUUAGCAAGGCUGCUGAACGUACGCGUGCUCUCGACCAUGGCUACAAAGAAGCUCGCGAAUUUAAUGAUGCCUGGAAUAAUAUGAUGCAAUAUUUACAUGAGACUGAAACAGUUUUAGAUCAAAUCAUUGAGGAAGCCACCUCAUCUAAGGAACCACAAAAGAUUAAGAAAUGCAUUGCUCGUCUCAAAGACAGUCAUCGUCAAUUAACGAGUAAACAAUCAUUAUAUGAUUCCACAAUGCGCAACGGCAAGAAUCUCAUGGAACGCGCUCCAAAGAGCGACGAGCCAGUGCUCGGCAAAAUGCUUUGCGAACUUAAGGACCAAUGGACUCGCGUAUUGUCAAAGAGCAUUGAACGUCAGCGUAAAUUAGAAGAGGCUCUUCUGCUCUCUGGCCAAUUCUCUGAUGCACUCGGUGAACUUUUGGAAUGGUUGAAGAAAGCCAAACAACGCCUUAACGAAGAUGGGCCUGUCCACGGAGAUUUGGAAACUGUACAAGGACUCUGUGAGCACCACAAACACAUCGAACAAGAUUUGCAGAAGCGUGCCGCACAAAUGCAAGGUGUACUAAAGACUGGGCGCGACUUGGAACGCUCUGGUAAUAACCCAGAUGUUGGUCGCCAAUUAGAUGAAUUGCAAUCUAUGUGGGACGAUGUUAAGGGUGCUGCAGCUAAACGCGGCGAACGCCUACAAUACGCACUUAAAGAUGCUGAAAAGCUAAAUGGCAGCAUCCAGGCACUUUUCGACUGGUUAGAUCAUGCUGAACAAAAAUUGCGCUAUGCCAAGAAUGCACCCGAUGAUGAAAAGGUGUCUCGAGAAAUGAUGGAUAUGCACAUGGACUUUAUGAACGAUUUACGAAACCGUGAAAAGCAAAAGAUCGAAACAUUUGAGUUUGCUGAAGAAAUUAUAGUGAAGGCCUACCCAGAUGCUGUACCUAUCAUUAAGAAUUGGUUAAGUAUCAUUGAAGAACGUUGGGAAGAAGUCAAACAGUGGGCCAUUAACCGUGAGACCAAAUUGGAACAACAUCUACAAUCUCUUAAAGAUCUAGACGAUUGCAUUGAAGAACUUUUGGCCUGGUUGAGUGGCCUAGAAGCGACAUUGCUUAAUUUAGAACGUGAAUCGUUGCCCGAUGAAAUACCACCACUAGAAAAACUUAUUGAAGAUCAUAAGGAAUUCAUGGAGAAUACUGCUAGACGUCAGACUGAAGUGGAUCGUGCCUGUAAACCCAAACAACUACCACCCGGUGCUCGCAAAAUGUCCAGAACUGCCAAGACCCCUGUUCGUGGCUCAAGUCAUGAUAUACGUGAACAAUCACCUGAUGGUACCUUAAGACGACAAAGCUUCAAAGGAUCACGAGAUCAAGGUCUUAACGCCCGUAAAUCAAGUAGUCGUAUGACACCAAGUCGUGAUACUCCCGAUAGAGAUCGUUUGCCUCAUUAUGGUCCACGCUUCUCACCUAGCUCUGUGGGACCUGAACUGGAGUUCCGCUCGCCAAGAGCGAAAUUGUUAUGGGACAAAUGGCGUCAUGUUUGGAUGCUAUCAUGGGAACGUCAGCGUCGUUUGAAUGAUCAUCUCGUGUACUUGAAGGAUUUGGAACGAGUGCGCAACUUUAGCUGGGAUGACUGGAGAAAGAGAUUCUUGAAAUACAUGAAUCACAAGAAAUCACGUUUAACUGAUUUGUUCCGUAAAAUGGAUAAGGACAACAAUGGUUUAAUACCCAGAGGCGAAUUUAUCGAUGGCAUUUUGAAUACAAAGUUCGAUACUUCACGCAUGGAAAUGGGAGCUGUUGCUGAUUUGUUUGAUCGCAAUGGUGAGGGUUUGAUCGAUUGGCAAGAAUUUAUUGCUGCUCUCCGACCAGACUGGCAGGAACGCAAACCUCAAACCGAUUCUGAUAAGAUACAUGAUGAAGUCAAACGUUUGGUUAUGCUUUGUACUUGUCGCCAGAAAUUCCGUGUAUUCCAAGUCGGUGAAGGCAAAUAUAGGUUUGGUGAUUCGCAAAAAUUACGCCUAGUCCGUAUUUUACGCAGUACUGUAAUGGUACGUGUUGGUGGCGGCUGGGUCGCCCUAGACGAAUUCCUUCAGAAGAAUGAUCCCUGUCGCGCUGAUGAACAUUUGGCUGAAUUAAUGCCAAUAUUUGAGCGUAUACGUGCACAAGAACAAGUACCAUGUGCCUUUCCUAUACAUAUGGGUGCCGGUGGCACCGUAUUUGUACGUUGCAAUAGUAGUCGUUCUGUACCAUUAAGUCCACAUGUACUACAUUGCCAUCCUACUACGCACUGGGUGCGCGAACGUUCCGUUCGGUCUAUACCAAUGACGAAAACGACAAAUACUCGUUCAUCAGUAUCAGUUUCAACGCCAGAUUCAUUGAGUGACAAUGAAGGAAGCCAUGGUCAUGCCUCGGGACGUUAUACGCCACGAAAAGUUACAUAUACUAGCACAAGAACAGGUUUGACACCUGGUGGCUCCAGAGCUGGUUCAAAGCCAAAUUCUCGCCCUCUUAGCAGACAAGGUUCUAAACCACCAUCACGUCAUGGUUCUACUUUAUCUCUAGAUAGUACAGAUGAACAUACUCCAUCACGCAUUCCACAACGCAAACCUUCUGCCACAAGUUCAGUAUCUGGCACUGGUACAACUCCACGCCCAUCCAGAUUAUCCGUUACACCCACUACAUCUCGAACAAAUGGUACAAUUACACGAAAAACUGCGUCUGGAUCUGCCAGUCCUGCCCCCACUAGCAACGGAGGCAUGAGUAGAUCAUCCAGUAUACCAGCACUAACAGGCUAUGGCUUCAAAAAUAGCAAUAGAAUGUCAAGGAUACCCGUUAAAGUAUCAAAUUCAUUGAGUGCUAACUCCUCACCAACCAACUCCACUGCAAAUAGUGUGAUUAAUCCUAACAAUUUGGGGCGCACUGUUAGUGGCACUUCAACACCAUCCGGCAUGCAAACUCCAAGAAAAAGUUCAGCUGAACCAACAUUUAGCUCAACAAUGCGCAGUCGAACAUCCCGUGGUACAACACCUGUGGAGAAACGAGAACCCUUUAGACUAUAAAAUAUUAAGUGCACUGACGAAAGAGUAAACAAAAAGUGUCAAAUUACAAGAAAAAUCUAAAUAACUUUCAGGUUAACGCACAUACUUAUAUUUACAUAUAUAUAUAUAUACAUAUAUUUAUAUAUGGCUUCAAGUCCAUAUUUAUAAAACAAAAACUCUACUAACCACUAGUUUGAGAUGCAAAAACUAACGACCACAAAGACAAAAGAAGUUAACAAAUUGUUUUUGUACCCAUAACACAUACAAUAUAUUAUUACAUUGAUUUAAAUGUAUGUAUAGAAAAAUGUAUAUUUGUAUGAAGCCAUUUUCGCCAGUUGUUUUCAAAAAACAAUAAUGGUUUCAGCAAAUUGAAUUUUCCCUGAUGAAAACCUAAAACAUACACACAAAAAGACAUAAAAAACCUCAAUGAUUUCUACAACAACAAGAUUUACCAUUAUUAUUGUUUAGUUAUUUUUUUUUACUAUUUAUAAAAACUUAAUUAUUAUUUAUACUAAUUUAAACUAUAAAAAAUCUGUUCUACUUUUUUGUUUAAUACGUUUCCUUUACAAUCCUUAUUCAGUUAAUUUAUUUUAACUUGUGUUAUUUUUUUCUGAAAAAAUUAUGAACCUAAUUUUAUUUUAUGUAUAUAAAUACUUUUUUAGAACACUCCAAGUGCUUUAAGUCAAAAGAAUUGCAAAAGAAUAAUUAUAUAAACAAAUUUAAAUUAGAAAACCAAAAAAAAAAAAUAAUAAAAAAAAUUAUAAUAAAUAAACACGUACACAUUCGAAUUAAAGUCAUGUUAUCCGAUUUGUCAUUCUGACGUGGUCUGGCCUAAAAUCGCCAGUUUAAGCCAUUCUAUGUCGGAACGGAACUAAUUGGAAAUGUGCAAAAAUAUAUAAUACUUAUAUGUAAAAGUAAAAAGCUCUUUAAAUAUUUAUGAAUAGACUAUUAAAAUGUUUUCUGUUUGUUUCUUGCUUUAUUUUCCCUUAGUUAAACAAUCAUUAUAAUCUACUUAUAAUUUGAUAAUUAAUUCUACCAUUAAUAUAAUUUUAUGCAAAUAGCAACAAAAAUACUAAAAGUCAUUAUUGUAAGUUUAAUAUUAUUAAUAUUAUUUAAGAAAUGAUACUACUUUUUUGUUUUUUUUUUACAUAAUCAUAUAUUUAAAUAUGCAAAUAUUGUAUAAUACUAAUACUAAAUUAUUAUGUUAUCGAUUAAAAUGAAUAAUUGAUUUUUUUAAUUUUUUAUAUACAAAAAACAAAAUUGAAAUAAAAAAAUAACAUACA